AUGGAUCCGAAGGCUCAUAACACGGUGCUGUACGUGCGCGCUGAGGAUAUUUUGGACGAUACGGAUGCGAUGCCGGCCUCGGUCCUCGAUGACAUCCGCUGCCACACGCGCUUCAUCUGGUGGUCGCUGCUCUUCCUCAACGGCAGCUGCCUCUGGGCGUACUACUCGUGCUUGUCGGCGCAGACGUACUACGCCGCGCGCUUUGUCAACACGACGUUGCGCUUCGAGUACCUCACGACACCGAUCUCGACGUGGCCCAUGUUUCUCGGGCACUUGGUGCAAGUGCUGCUCGGGCUCGACUCGAAGCUCGGAGUGCUCUGGCGCGUCCGCGUCGGGUACACGCUCUACCUUCUCUCGGCGGUCGCGAUCGUCCUCCAGGACGUCUGCAACGUAUCGCCCGAGGUCGGCGGCCGCAUCGUCUUGGUUGCGUUCGGCACGGUCGGCUUCGCCAACUCGCUCACGGAAGCGACGUUCUAUGCGCUCUCGGCGCUCUUCCCGGAAGCCAUCUUCACGAACGCGAUGCAGCUCGGCAAUGGCACCUCGGGUAUCCUCAACAUUUCGCUCAACACGCUCAUCCAGCUGUGCGUCGGCGGCCUCGACCCGCCGCCGACGGCGCUCCACGAGAUCCAGCAAGUGUCGUUCUACAUCUUCUUUAGCAUCUUCAUGCUCGUCUGCGUACUCGCGCUUGUCGUCUACCACGAGCUGCUGCGCAUCCCGUCGCUCAUCUACUUGGUCGCGCGGACGCACGCGACGACGGCGGUCCGGCGCGAAGCGCUGCCGGCGACGUGGGCUCGUCUCUGGCGCAUUACGCACGUGCUCUGGCUGCCGCUCGUGAGCCAGUGCCUCAUCUUCGUCGUCUCGCUCGUGAGCUUCCCCGGCAUUGGCAUCUCGUCCGGGUACCAGCUCGCGAACGGCGCGAGCUGGGCCAACUGGUACGUCAAUGGCGUCUUGCUGAGCUACAACUACGGCGACUUUGCCGGCCGCAUGGUCGCGCCCAAGCUCUACCCGUUCUUUACGCUGCACUCGUGCUUUUACUGGACGAUCGCGCGCAGCUUGUUGUUUCUCGCGCUCCUCGCGGGGCUGCCAGGCAGCGGCCGCAACCCGCUGUUCUUGCUCGAGGAGGCGCGCGCCUUGAACGUGGUGUGGCAGCUACUGGUGAAUCUGCUCCUCGGCCUCUCGACUGGCGUGCUCAGCACGAUCACGAUCGGUCUCGGCCCGCGCUUGCUGCCGCAGGAAGACCGCGAGUCGGCCGGCGCCGUCAUGUGUCUCGGCCUCCUUCUCGGGAUCUCGUCCGGUGCGAGCAUCGGCCUUGAGAUUGGCCAGCGCCAUUGGCUCGGCGCCUAG